CCAGUCUGAGUGGAUGAGAGGGGGAUGCAGAAAGUCCUUGAUCCAGUGGUGGACUCCGUCAUAGGAUCUUAAGGCGGUGUUCCAGUCCUCGAGGAGGGUUCUGACCUCAGGGUGAAGGGGAACCUGGAUGAGUCCCAGUAAGUCCCUCAGACCAGGUCUUAACAGUCUUGUUUGAGUGAACCUGGUCUGGUGGAUUUCCUCCUGUAAGCAGAGACCAGCUUGGUGAUCCGGAUUCUGCAGAAAGUUCAGAUGAGUCUUUGUUUCUGUCUCAGCUGUCAGUCUAACAUGUCCGGCUGGAACAGCACUCUGAACUCGUCUGAUCUGAUGUCCAGGGUGCGGUGGUUCCUGUGGUCCAGACCAGCACCCACACCUGCCAGAGUCUCCUCCUCCUCCACCUCCUCCUCCACCUCUGAUCAGGAGAUCUUGGCUUCACUAACUUUUACAUCAGUGAACAGAUGAACAGUGAGGAGCAGCGCAUCGAGACGCCAUCUUGGUUCUGUUUCAUCAUCACGUCCUGAUGGUUCAGGUGUCACAUGGAAGACUUCAUUUGUUUUAAGGUGGAUCAGGAGUCGCUCUGAUUGACCUGAAAUCACUGAAUUAAAAUCAAUAAUAAAAUUUAUCUCUGACGUCUCCUCAGCUUCAUUUGAACAAGUUGUUACAGAAAACCUCAGAUUUACUCUGAUCAGCUGCAAAGAUUCACUACGAAGAUUCUGACGUUCAUCUGUGGACACGAUGCUGUAAUCCAGAUCCAGAUUCUAGUACUGAGUCUAAAUGUCGUCCUGAGUUAAAGGAUUGUCGAGUCUCUGAGUCGUCAUCAAUCCAUAUUCACUCAGGAGACUCUGAGCUGCUGCAGGUCACACGUCCUCACACACCUGCACAGGUGAGGACUUUGCGGUGGUGCAGCAGGAGAUCCUGAUGAUGAAGGACUGUAAACACUCCAACAUCGUGGCAUACUACGGCAGCUAUUUCCGGGAGAAGUUGUGGAUCUCUAUGGAGUUCUGUGGAGGAGGAUCACUGCAGGACAUCUACCACAUAACGGGUCCUCUGACGGAGUCUCAGAUUGCCUACGUCCUGAGGGAAACUCUGCAGGGUCUGUUCUACCUGCACAGUAAGGGAAAGAUGCACAGAGACAUCAAGGGAGCGAACAUCCUGCUGACUGACAACGGAUAUGUCAAACUGGCGGACUUUGGUGUGUCGGCUCAGAUCACCAUGACCAUCGCCAAGAGGAAAUCCUUCAUCGGGACUCCGUACUGGAUGGCUCCAGAGGUGGCGGCGGUGGAGAGGAAGGGUGGCUACAACCAGCUCUGUGACAUCUGGGCCGUCGGCGUCACCGCCAUCGAACUGGCAGAGCUGCAGCCGCCUAUGUUCGACCUCCACCCUAUGAGAGCUCUGCUGCUGAUGACCAAGACCAACUUUCAGCCUCCAAAACUGAAAGACAAGGUGAAGUGGACCGGAAACUUCCACCAGUUUGUAAAAGUUGCUCUGACCAAGAACCCGAAGAAACGACCUGCUGCUGACAAACUGCUGCAGCACCCAUUUGUGUCUCAGCCUCUCAGUCGGACUCUGGCCAUCGAGCUGCUGGAUAAAGUCACUAACCCAGACCAGAUGUCCUACCAAGACCAGCAGGACCACCUGGAUGAUGAUGAGACCGACACUGAGGUGGUGUCUGUCCCUCAGAGGAUCCCGUCUGGAAACACCAGGGAAGGAAAAACACUAUCAGAGAUAAACUUCGAUCAGAUGAAGUUUGAUCCUCCUCUCAGGAAAGAGACUGAAGCUCAUCAGGAAGAGUGUGACUCUGAUCGUUUCCUGGACUGUGAGGAGGACCUCUACUUCACCGCCAGAUCUCACCUGGAGCUGCAGAUGGAGGACGAGGAGGCUGCUACAGGAUCAGGAUCAGGAUCUGUCCUCGGUGGAAACAGGGCUCAUGACACUCACCUGCAGGGCAGGGCUGCAGGUGAGACUGCAGGUGAGGCUGAGGUGGAUGAUGGCUGUGUGGAGGGAGGGGAUGGAGAUGACCAAUCAGGAAGUUCUGAUGCUGCAGAUCACCCUGAGAACGAGGAGAAUGAACCGCUGCAUGUAAAAGACUUGACACUACGGCCCAACCCUCCUCCUGAAGCUCUGCCCCCUCAGGAAGGACCCCUACCCCCUGAUCACCGCAGCGACCAGGACCUGGGUACCAUCAAGCAUCAAUCUCUAUCAGGAAGCCCCACACAGUCCACCACCCAGGGCCCCCCCAGACCUCCACCCCCCAAACUGUCCCCCCAGAGACUCAGCAACCGGGGCACGGCUCUGUCCUCCGAUCGUCAGCCUGUGGCACCUCCUGCUGUCCACAGUAGGAAGGACAAGAGAGAUCCUCCAAAACCAGCCAGUAAUGGACUCCCACCAACUCCCAAAGUCCAUAUGGGAGCUUGUUUCUCGAAGGUGUUUAAUGGCUGUCCUCUGAAGAUCCACUCUGCUGCAUCCUGGAUCAGCCCCGACACCAGAGACCAGCAUCUGAUCUUUGGAGCUGAGGAGGGAAUAUACACCCUGAACCUGAAUGAGCUGCAUGAGAACUGUAUGGAGCAGUUGUUUCCUCGCAGGUGUACCUGGGUUUAUGUGAUGAACAACACUCUGAUCUCCAUCUCAGGUAAAGCCUCUCAGCUGUACUGCCACAGUCUGCCCGGUCUAUUUGAACAGGCUCGACAGAAACAGAAGCUGCCAGUUUCCAUCCCAACUCACCGCCUGCCGGACCGCAUCCUGCCCCGGAAAUUUUCCAUAUCCAAUAAGAUUCCUGACACUAAAGGUUGUCUGAAAUGCUGUGUAGUGAGGAACCCCUACACAGGUCAUAAGUACUUGGGAGGAGCCUUCCAAUCAGGAGUGGUCCUACUGGAGUGGGUGGAGCUGAUGCAGAAGUUCAUGCUGGUGAAGAAUGUUGACUUCCAGCCACCGUGUCCUCUGGAGGUUUUGGAGCUACUGGUUGUGCCUGAGCAGCCGUACCCUCUGAUCUGCGUCGGCCUCAGCAUAGGAACCAAACCGAACCAACCUGUCAGCUUCCAGACCCUCGACCCCAACUCCUCCUGCCCCACACCUCCUCAUUCAGAAAAUCCUCAGAGUUGUGUGAUCCACGUCACUCAGCUGGAGAGAGACACCGUCUUGGUCUGUCUGGAUCGUUGUAUAAAGAUUGUGAAUCUCCAGGGGAAUCUGAAGUCCAGCAAGAAGCUGUCAGCUGAGCUCACCUUCAACUUCCAGAUCGAAUCGAUCGUCUGUUUACAGGACAGUGUUUUGGCCUUCUGGAGACACGGCAUGCAGGGACGGAGCUUCAGAUCUAAUGAGAUCACUCAGGAGAUCAGUGACAUCAGCAGGAUGUUCCGCCUGUUGGGCUCUGACAGGGUGGUGGUUCUGGAGAGCAGAGCGACAGAUAAUCCGACUGAACACAGUAACCUGUACAUCCUUGCUGGACAUGAAAACAGCUACUGAGACCAAACCAGAGCUAAAUCAGAACUAAACCGAACCAGGACUAAACCAGGACAGAACUAGGACCAAAUUAGGUACCAGUCUGGUGUAAGAUGCAGUCCAGAACCAGAAUCUGUUCGCUGCCUUAAUGUCAUAUUUCUAGAGAACCAAACCAGAAGUCUGAAGUCCUGCUGUGAGUUCUGAACAGAAUCAGUAUUCAAGUACCAGAGUAAACAACUUUUAUUUUCUGUCGAUGGAUAAUUCACAUGUUGUUCCUCAGUUCACCAGCAGGGGGCAGAAGCUCUGAGCAGUUCCUGUCUCUGUUUCCUGUUUGGAUCCAGACUGAGGCUGAAGAUCAAACUCAGUUUUAUUAUGUUCACACGUUUAUUUUUAGUUUGUCUGACUGAAGUCAUAUGAUCAAUAUAAUCAGUCACUUCCUAUCAGAGAUCUGAAGUGUAACGGUACAAAGAUCUGUCCUCAGAGAACCAGGGUUACAGUAACCAACAUACAAGCUGCUUCUAUUCUUUUCUAUUCUGACAUGUAAAUACUGUAAAAUAAAAACUUCUUUUAUACUCUCGGA